CUUAUAGUAACUGAGACACUGUGUAUUGUUAGCCAGGUAGAUGACCAAGCCUCUUCACGCUGAUUUCUAAGGAUCGAUUGAUUUAUAAAUUUAGUAUAAAUCUCAGCAUUGCAUACAGCCUGCAAUACGAUGGAGACUUCAUCAGAGACAAUACCGAAAUCUCCACCCGGAUUGGAACAUUUGACGGGGGUAAAUCAAUUACUAGUGAGUCAACGUUUUGAUUUGGAAGUACUUGAUCUUUUGCAAAUUAAUAAAACCUACGAGGUCAUGAAUAAUCAAGGACAGAGAAUUUAUUUUGCAGAAGAGAGAAAUAAUUUUUUCCUCCAGUAUCUUUGUGGAAUUUCAAGGCCUUUUACUCUGACAGUCUAUGACAAUGUAGGUCAAGACAUAAUUACUAUGCAUAAAGCUCUAAGAUGCAGUUGUUGCUGGAGUACCUGCUGCCUACAAAAGUUAUCAUCUCUGGAAGAAGAAAUUGAUAUUGGAAAUAUUUCAAAGCAGUGCACCAGAUUUGUGAGGGAACAACAAAGAGAUGCUAAUAAAUUUAGAAUCCAGUUUCCAGUGGACCUUGAUGUUAAAAGUAAAGCAUUGAUUCUUGGAGCAAGUUUCCUCAUUGACUACAUUUAUUUUGAAAUUGGGCCAUAAGAAUCAUCCUGAAAGACUAUGCCAGAGAUUACUUGAAUUAUAUGUUGGCAACUCUCAUCAAAAUUAAAUAACUUCCCUGAAAAUAUGUGUUUAUUUUGGUAAAAUUAUUCAUAGGAAUUUUUCUGUACAGUAACC